GACCUCAGAGGUUGUCGGGCGCGCACCUAAGUCGGGUGUCCGACCUGAUCCGUCCUGUUCAGCCCUCUCGGGCCCGGCCUGGCCCCCCGCGCGCAGCUCGCCUCCCGCAGGCUCCGGGUUCGGAGACUCGGUCCCCCGGAGUGAUCGGCCGCAGAGGGAUCGCCGGCCGCCUGCGGAGAUGCCCGGGAAGAGGGCGCGUAAGAGCGCGCAGCCUGGCCCCGCGCGGGCCCCGGCAGAGGCUGAAAUUGAGUGUGCCCUUCAAUUAAGGAGAAUUGGAGACAAACUGAGUUUCCUGCAGAAACUUAUGAAUCUAAUGUACAAACUCUUCGGCUCAGGAACCUGACUGCUUCAGAAGCCUUCUAAUGAGACGACUCCUUUAAAGCUGGAUUUACCAUGUUUCAUCAGUUAGUGGCGAGAGACUGCAUUAUAAUGGAGAAGAAUGUAAAGGAGCUCUUACUUGCUUUGGGAUGUCCUUGGAAAUGAAGAUGGAAUACAUCACAGUGAAAUUCUGUCGGAGUUUUCCCAGAAGUCAUUUGUUUAUUUUAAAGCAAGAAUCGAAGAGCUUUGAAAAUAUGGAAUGAAAUAUUACACUUUUUGCUUUUGCUUA